AUGAAGCACAUUGUGACCAUUACUCUUUUACUUUUCAUUAUCGUUAUUGAUAUAUCAUUAUGUUCAAAAAAGCCUUCUAAACCAGUUGUAUCUCAACAAGAUGCAGUAUCUUGGCUUAAUAAAUAUGGUUACAAUCCUUGUUUAAAUUCAAAUGUUCAAUGUAGUUUAAGUAUUACAACUUUAUUACAAGAGUAUCAAAAACGUUUUGGUUUAAAAAGAACUGGAAAAUUAGACGACGCAACUAAAGAACAUAUGAAUCGACCACGUUGUGGAAAUAUAGAUAAAUCAGUAGCUGAAAUGAAUGCUGCAUCUCCAUUAGGAUUAAAUAAAUGGUCACGUUCAUCAUUAACAUAUUCAAUAGAUGGUUAUCCAACACAAUUAAGUAAAACACAAACAACAAAUAUAAUACGUGAAGCAUUUCAAGCUUGGGUUGACCAUGUUCCAUUAAAUAUUGAACCUGCUUGUUCAACAUGUAAAGCAGACUUUGUUAUCGAUUUUCAACGUGAACAACAUACAGAUCGGUAUCCAUUCGAUGGAGCUGGUGGAACAUUGGCACAUGCAUUUUUUCCCGAAGAUGGUCGAAUACAUUUUGAUAAAGAUGAACCAUGGACGGAAAGUUUCAAUAAUGAACAUAUAAAUUUAUAUUUGGUUGCCGUUCAUGAAAUUGGUCAUGCACUUGGCUUAGAUCAUGUAUACAAUGAGCAAUCCAUUAUGUAUCCGUCUUAUCAAUCAAUGCCAAAAUCAAACAUUCUUCCACGACCUGAUCGUGAUGCAAUUCAAUCUCUAUAUGGUAAAAAACAAACAUAUGUAACAGCAGGUACAAGAUCAACAACACAAAGUACAAGAUCAACAACAACAUCAACGAGAAAAGGUCCUAUUACUACGAAAAGUCCUGUUACAAUGGCUCCUGGAAAAACACAUACUCGUUGUCGUCUCUUUUUUGAUGCUGCUUUCAGUCAUCCUGAUGGCACAUUUCAUACAUUCAAUGCCGGUAUACUUUGGCGUUAUUUACCUGAUGAACAUACAUGGGAAAAUCGACCAAUACUCGAAAAUAUUUAUCCAAAUUUACCAAGUAAACUAAAAGCAGGUGUAUAUGAUAGUCGAAAAAAUGAAAUAGUAUUUUUUGCUGAUCAAUACGUUUAUCGUUAUGAUAUUGAUUAUGAAAAUCGUAUCAGAUUUCAAAAGCAACAAACUCUUCCAAGAAAUUUACAAAACUCUAUUGUUGGUGCUAUUUAUUAUCAUGGUGCAAUUCAUUUAAUUACAUCAAAAACAAUACGUUUAUUUGAAUUAGAUAAUAGUUAUCAACAAUCUAAUGAACGAAGUUUAAGUGAGGAAUUUCCACGUUUCACUGGUACAGUUAAAAGCGCAUUUAGUUAUGGAAAUUUACAUCAUUUUUUUACAAAUAUUGGACGUGUCUAUGUUUGGAGUGAACGAUUAAAUUCAAUGCAAACAUUAAAUGAACCGAUGCAAACAGGUUGGUUUGCCUGUCCAACAUUAGUUGACGUGGAACAACCGGUUGAAAGACCUAGUUCACGAAAUCCUUAUCGUCAUCGUGAUCGUCAUCAUCAUCACCAUCAUCAUCAUGAUUAG